CGUGUGUGUGUGUGUGAGUGUGAGAGUGAGUGAGUGUGAGUGUGUGUUGGGGGGAUGGGGCCGUGCCGAGGAUGAGAGACUCCAAAUAUUUACCACUUGGCUAAACUAAAGCAUCUUUAUAUACUCCUUACUGAGCUUCAUCCUCUCUCUCUUUGUACAUGUAGAUACUUCAUCGAUCAACGCAUGAGUUUAGGUGGGAUUUGGCCAUAAUUAAAGUGGAGUAUCAUCUGAACGUCCACGAACCAACAACACGCUAUAAAGAAAGUCCACAAAAUGUAUUCCUCUGCUGGAGCCACCGAGAUGCAAGAGGGACCCCGUUCCUCUGGGUCAGCAAGCUCUGACCCCCCUGUUUCAGACCCGCCAUCCUCCCCAGUGCCAGAAUAUGUGUUCAAGCCACCAUCGCGGCCGGACUUUGGCACCAUGGGCAGGACAAUCAAGCUCCAGGCCAACUUCUUUGAGAUGGAAAUCCCCAAACUGGAGGUCUACCAUUACGACAUCGACAUCAAGCCUGAGAAAUGUCCCAGGAGGGUCAACCGUGAAAUAGUGGAGCACAUGGUCCAGCACUUUAAAACACAAAUCUUUGGUGAUCGUAAGCCGGUGUACGACGGGAGGAAGAAUCUCUACACUGCCAUGCCCUUGCCCAUAGGCAGAGACAAAGUGGAGCUUGAGGUAACCAUUCCCGGUGAAGGCAAAGACCGGAGCUUCAAAGUUUCCAUCAAGUGGGUGUCCUGCGUUAGCCUGCAAGCGCUGCACGAGGCACUAGCAGGGCGGCUACCCAGCGUCCCCUUUGAGACCGUCCAAGCCUUGGAUGUGGUCAUGAGACAUUUGCCCUCUAUGAGGUAUACGCCGGUGGGCCGCUCUUUCUUCACUCCCUCAGAGGGAUGUUCGAACCCCCUCGGUGGCGGCAGAGAGGUGUGGUUCGGCUUCCACCAGUCUGUCAGGCCCUCCCUUUGGAAAAUGAUGCUCAACAUCGACGUCUCUGCCACUGCAUUCUACAAAGCCCAGCCUGUAAUCGAGUUUAUGUGUGAGGUCCUGGAUUUCAAAAGCAUUGAAGAACAACAAAAGCCCUUAACAGACUCGCAACGAGUGAAAUUUACAAAGGAAAUCAAAGGCCUGAAGGUGGAGAUCACUCACUGUGGGCAGAUGAAGAGGAAGUACAGAGUGUGCAACGUGACCAGAAGACCAGCCAGCCACCAAACGUUCCCCCUGCAGCAGGAGAACGGCCAAACUAUUGAAUGCACAGUAGCACAGUACUUCAAAGACAAGUACAAGCUCAUCCUGAGAUACCCCCACCUCCCGUGUCUCCAGGUGGGACAGGAGCAGAAGCACACCUACCUACCUCUAGAGGUGUGUAACAUAGUGGCAGGACAGCGCUGCAUCAAAAAGCUGACAGACAAUCAGACCUCCACUAUGAUCCGUGCCACAGCCCGAUCGGCACCAGACCGUCAGGACGAGAUUAGUAAACUGAUGAGAAGUGCCAACUUCAACACUGACCCUUACGUUCGCGAAUUUGGAGUGUUGGUGAGGGACGAGAUGACAGAAGUGAAUGGCCGCGUCCUCCAAGCACCUUCCAUUCUGUAUGGAGGCAGGAACAAAGCAAUAGCCACACCAAUCCAGGGAGUAUGGGACAUGAGGAACAAGCAGUUCCACACCGGCAUUGAGAUCAAAGUGUGGGCCAUCGCCUGCUUUGCACCGCAGAGGCAGUGCACUGAACUCCUGCUCAAAGCAUUCACAGAUCAGCUUAGGAAGAUCUCUCGGGAUGCAGGGAUGCCCAUCCAGGGUCAGCCCUGCUUCUGUAAAUACGCCCAGGGAGCGGACAGCGUGGAGCCCAUGUUCAGACACCUAAAAUACACCUACCAGGGCCUCCAGCUGGUGGUCGUCAUCCUGCCAGGGAAGACGCCCGUCUACGCUGAGGUGAAGCGUGUUGGGGACACGGUACUCGGCAUGGCCACGCAGUGUGUGCAGGUGAAGAAUGUUCAAAAGACGACACCUCAGACGCUCUCCAACCUCUGUCUGAAGAUCAACGUCAAGCUGGGCGGCGUCAAUAACAUCCUCCUGCCGCAGGGCCGGCCGUUGGUCUUCCAGCAGCCUGUGAUCUUCCUUGGUGCAGAUGUGACUCAUCCGCCUGCAGGAGAUGGAAAAAAGCCUUCUAUCGCUGCUGUCGUUGGUAGCAUGGAUGCCCAUCCCAGCAGAUACUGUGCCACAGUACGGGUGCAGCAGCACCGUCAGGACAUCAUCCAGGACCUGGCCACCAUGGUGAGGGAGCUGCUCAUCCAGUUCUACAAGUCCACCCGAUUCAAGCCCACCAGAAUCAUCUACUACCGCGACGGUAUCUCUGAGGGCCAGUUCAACCAGAUGCAGGUCCUUCAACACGAGCUGCUGGCGAUCCGGGAAGCCUGCAUCAAACUAGAGAAGGACUACCAGCCUGGCAUCACCUUCGUGGUCGUGCAGAAGAGACACCACACGAGACUGUUCUGUAUGGACAGAAACGAGAGGGUCGGGAAGAGUGGCAACAUUCCUGCAGGCACCACAGUGGACACCAAAAUUACUCACCCAUCAGAAUUUGACUUCUACCUUUGCAGUCACGCUGGCAUUCAGGGUACCAGCAGGCCGUCUCAUUACCACGUGCUCUGGGACGACAACCACUUCUCUUCAGAUGAACUGCAGGUCCUCACCUAUCAGCUUUGCCACACCUACGUGCGCUGCACCCGGUCAGUUUCCAUCCCAGCACCAGCUUACUACGCCCAUUUGGUGGCUUUCCGGGCUCGAUAUCACUUGGUGGACAAAGAGCAUGACAGUGCUGAGGGCAGUCACACAUCAGGCCAGAGCAACGGGCGCGACCAACAGGCCUUGGCCAAGGCCGUGCAGAUCCACCAGGACACCCUGCGCACCAUGUACUUUGCCUGAGAGCAACACAACCCCAGGUUGGGGUGGGUGAGACCCCACUGAUGGAACACACUACGGUCAGCUGUAGAUAGCGUCACAGUGGUUUCACAUAGUGAUCUCCCUACCUAACAGACCUGUCAGUUACCUACACGUCUACAAUUGUACUUCAGCCCCCCUGACCCACCCAAAUCAAGCCAGCUAUUAGACUGUAAGAUGCGAAAGAAUCCCUCUUUCUUGGGGUUUGCGCUGCAAGAGGAUUUACUUACAUGUUGUACAUUAGUGUGUGUUUGUAUUUGUUGUAGGGGAACAUGUUGCAAAAGUAUGAAAGGAAAAGUUUGUACACUGAUAGAAGACAUUUCUAAACUAGUGGGCAGUAUCAUUACACAUCGGGAUGAUUUCUAAUUUAGAAGAAGCCGUUUACCCUCCUUCUCCUGUCUCUAUUGGUCGUUAGGGUAUUGGUGCUUGAAGGGAGAAGGAUCAAAUUCACCUAAAGAUAAGAUAAAGAGGGGCUGUUCACUGUUUAUGAUAUGCCUAAAGAUUUGCUCCUCUGACAAACGUUAUUUAUCAGCCAAUCAAAGCAAAGUGCACUGACCAGAAUGGGUACUUCAAUCAGGACAAAAGUACUUAAUAUAUUGAGGGUUGUGUGUGAUUAUUCACAUAGAGGGGGCACUAUGUGAUGAAAAGUGCCAUUCGAGACCACCUUUCUGUUGUCAUUUCUGUGUAAAGCUAUGAACUAUUAGGCCCACACCUGCUGGGUUCUUCAGUAUUUGUCCUCGAUUGACACUGAUGACCAUUUUAUGCCAAAUCUGGUGACAAUUUACUAAAAGGUUUCUUUGCAUCGGAUUUGUUAUCAACCCUUGAACCAACACUUAGAUUAUUCUAGAUGAGGGCUUUUAGUGUUCAGAUAGAGAUUGAAAGAACAGCAAUUGUACCCUUCUCUUGUCUGAACUGAAUCUCCAGUAAUCCCCCGUUCCCAUGCCCGAGACAUAGCGGAUUGGGACCGGUUCCCAACAAAGACACCUUUUUAAUGUAGUCUGAGCCGUGUUAAUACGAGACACAUGAUUUAGGAAUCAACAUAGAGGGGAACUCCAUGAAACCCUUUUUUUUUUUUUUUUUUUUUUGUUCCCUUCUGUUUUUAUAGUCUAAUUUAAUUUCAAUCAGUUUUGUAAUGAAUAUGCAUGUAGCUGACUCAUGUUUUAGGCAUUUGUGAUAAUGUUUAUUUCUUCCUUUUUACACAUUAACCCCUAUGUUUUAAUGUAUAUAGCGGCAGGAUAGUGUUUUCUGCAGAGUCUUUUUGUCAGAGCGGGAUAUUUGUGUGACGUCUCGAUAUCCAGGCAUUCGGUACAGUAGAGUGAAAGCUGCAACAUUUUAGAUUUGAAAUUCCCUUAAAAAAAAAAACAACAACAACUAGUGUUUGCUCCGUGAAUUGGGAGCAGUCGUCGCACAAAAGCUUGGGUUUUAUGCAAAUGACUUUUUGUGAGUCUUUCUACUAUAUAGUAAUGUUGGUAAUAAGGUAUAUUUUGAAUAAGCUUUCAGUUGAGGCUGCUGAAAAUAUUAUAGAGAUUUUUUUUUUUUAAACGACUGGCCCACAUGUAGUCUAAAUUAACACUGUCUAUUUGUAUACAGAUUUUAAAUAUUCUCUUUGCCUUCUGAGACUGUUACAAGUCUUACUAAUAAUUCUAGACAUUUCCUAACAUCCCCACCUACGUUGUACUACUAAGUUUAAGCUGGCGAAUGUUCUCGUAGUCUUGAUUGGAGGUGAGUAGUCUAUAUUUUCUAACUAUGCAUCAUUUUUAACCAAGAGAUUUAGCAGUGGGGGUAUCUCACAUGAAUUUGGGUUCAUUUAUAGAGGUAGAUAUAAUCAGGGCUUUUUUUUUUUUUUUUUUUCUUUUUGUUUAUUGUUGUUUUUUUAGCAUGUUGCAUUUAGUAGCGUUUCUUAGUGCUUAUCAGCAUCUUCAUGCCUUUCUAAACGGGAUGAAGCAUUUGUGGUCAUUUGUAACAUUGUAGAUUUUAUAGCCUGAAAAAUUUGAUGUAUCCUUUGUAAAACACACACUUCACGUCUUUCUUAGCCAAACAAGAUUACAAAACUUUUACAUGAUUGAUAUUCAAAAAAGACACGGAAGCACAAAAAAAGAGGACAUCUUGAUUCUAGGUGCUAGAAGUUUUCACUGUAAACCACCUUAAAAUCCUCACUGGACUGGUCAACGAGGCUUUUUAUGCUAAAAAAAUCAUCGUUUUUAGGGUCUUUUCUCUCCCCUUGAACGACCUCUCUGUGUUUUACCCUUUUUACUCGUUACCUGUAAAGCAACUAGAAAUCCGACUGACUGUGUUUGUGGGGCAUUCUGAAAAAUCAUGUACUUGAUAUUUACUGUUAUGAUGUCAAUAUUGUUCUUAUCGGUGCUGGUCUCACAACAUGUAAAUUUGGAUGCACUUUUGAUAGCAGGACGUCGGUGUGACUUCUAUAGAUGGGUGUUCCUCGGAUCGAAGCGGGAGGCUCGGACAUAUUGCGUGACACUGGUGUAAUUGUAUGGAAAUGGCCGUGUG